AGCAGCGUUACUAGUUGCUCGCUCGGUUACUGUUGUCAUCGGUGCAGCACGUGUGCCGAGCUCAAGAAAAUAAUAACAAAAUGUUGCGGCGUGAGGUUCGGCUCAGGAAGGAGUACCUGUACAGGAAGGCUCAGGAGGACAGGCUGCGCUCCAUCGAGGAGAAGAAACAGAAACUCCAGUCUGCGUUAGACAAUAAUCAUCUGUUACCUACUGAGAUCCGCAAACAGGCCUUAGGUCUGCAGAAACUUCUGGAGUUUGACGAUGAGGGCGGAGAUGGGGUCAGCUCACACAUGGACGAUGAGUACAAGUGGGCCGGAGUGGAAGACCCGAAAAUCCUGGUGACGACUUCGAGAGACCCGAGCUCCAGACUCAAAAUGUUUGCCAAGGAAGUGAAGCUGAUAUUCCCAGGGGCCCAGCGCAUGAACAGAGGAAACCAUGAAGUUGAUACACUAGUGCGUGCGUGCAAGGCCAAUAACAUGACUGAUAUGGUGAUAGUACAUGAGACCAGAGGACAGCCUGACGGAUUGAUUGUGUGCCACUUGCCUUUCGGGCCGACGGCGUAUUUCACUCUGUACAAUGUGGUGAUGAGACAUGACAUCCCAGACAUCGGCACCAUGUCCGAGGCCUUCCCCCACCUCAUCUUUCACAACUUCACCUCUCGCCUCGGCAGGAGGGUGUCCAAUAUCCUCAAGUACCUGUUUCCUGUUCCCAAAGAAGACAGCAAACGUGUUAUUACGUUUGCCAAUCAAGAUGAUUUCAUCUCCUUCAGGCACCAUGUUUACAAGAAACCUGACCACAAGAAUGUCGAGUUGACAGAAGUUGGACCGCGGUUUGAAAUGAAAUUGUACAUGAUCAAACUGGGAACUCUGGAGAACGAGAGCACGGCGGAUGUGGAGUGGCGUCAUCACGCUUACACACGCACGGCCAAAAAGAGGAAGGUGUUGAGUGUGGAGUAAACACGCGUUACUCUGGUUGUUGGAAAAAGACUCCAUGUGGGUUUAUGAUCCCUGAUUUUCACUGAAUUGUCUCAGUGAGAACUGUGUGUGGACGGAAGAGUGUAUGGAUUGUUUUUUUUUUUUUUUUACACAUUUUUGCUUUCUGGUGAGAGUGUACACACAUACAGUUCUGUGCAAAAGUCUUAGGCACCCUACUGUUUUUUUUUUCCCCCCCCCAUACAAACUUUGUUAUAGAUUUCUAUUUUAUGACUUCUACAUUAUCGAGUCAAAACAUUACAAAAACAUUUAGAGUUCCAAACGUUUGUUUUUUUCCCCCCAGUACAAAAUUAAAAAAGAAAACAUAAUGAAGGCUGCUGUGUUUUUGUGUAAAAUGAAGAAGUGAGUGUGACAGUCAAAGUGUCCAGAAGAACUGUGGCUGGUUCUGUAAGAUGCUCAGUAAAACCUAUAUGGAAUCAAUUUUGUGCCAACACAUACAGCACAUUUGUCCCGUACUUACACUUUGUUGAAUUAAUUCAAUAUCAUAGUCGUCACUGAAGUCCACUCGAUCCUUGUGUACCGUCAAUGGAUCGGUCACUCGUCAAACAGUGACUGCAACAGCCUCCGGGGGAAUGGAGCGUAGCUGUCAGUCAAACACAAUUUAGCCAAUGGGAAUGCAUUCCUGGACAGCCCACCCACACGUGAAGUUUGUGCCAAAACUGCAAACACGCCUGCAUAAUGUGUACUACUGCAACACAUACAAUGCAUUUGUCCCGUACUUACACUUUGUUGAAUUAAUUCAAUAUCAUAGUCGCAGGGCGGCAUGGUGGUGUAGUGGUUAGCGCUGUUGCCUCACAACAAGUAGGUCCGGGUUCGAGCCCCGUGGCCGACGAGGGCCUUUCUGUGUGGAGUUUGCAUGUUCUCCCCGUGUCCGCGUGGGUUUCCUCCGGGUGCUCCGGUUUCCCCCACAGUCCAAAGA